GUGUCAGCGCCACGCGUGCAAGGCCUCGAUUCUUUUAGUUUAGCUGGGGAUAACUCGUCGCCAACCUCUGAUCUCUCGACCUCGGAUCUUUUAACCGCAUCGCAAACACAGGAACAAUGGGUGGCGCAAACCGUGAAGGUGGAAAGGUGAAGCCUCUCAAGGCUCCCAAGAAGGGCAACAAGGACCUCGACGAAGACGACAAGGCCUUCCUCGAGAAGAAGCGCGCCGAGGAGAAGGCCAAGAAGGAGAUGGCCGACAAGGCCAAGGGCAAGGGCCCGCUGAACACGGGCACCCAGGGCAUCAAGAAGAGCGGCAAGAAAUAAGCCCUGAACGAGAAGCUGGCUUGGGGUCUCGGCGGUUGAGAGAUGGGAUUUCUUGCUAUAGCAUACACAGCGACGGAGUUGCCCGGACGGCAUCUAAUGACAGUUGGAAGGGUCACCAUCGGCUAGAUCAUUGCCGUCUCGCAUUCUGGCCCUACGUGCUCAGGUGCUUUUGCUAUCCAAUGCACAAGCACCGCCGACCAUGUAAAUAGAAGUGCAUGAUGAGGGCAUGGCUGGAGACAGCCAGCAACUUGACAAUGCACUGGUCGGCGGUGACGGUUAGCUUUUGCUCAGGUUGAGAAUAGCAGUCCAGCUAGAGGGUUAGGGUCCCGGGCUGAGAAUCCCAGCAAAAAUACCAAUGCUGGCCCCGUAUAAACCACCUCGGCACCCAACAAAGAGCAAGCCAUGUGAAACAAGGCCA